AAUAUAACUCCCCACCCCCCUCUUCUUUGCUUUGUUCUCCAUUCAUUGUUGUGUUCCUUUGUCACCAUACAAACGCCUUUUCUCAGAACGUACAAUCCAUUUCGAGAGAGAGAAAUUCUGUUUUUUUUUUUUUUUGCAUUUUCUUCUGGUUUUUCUUAAGGGUUGUUUGAGUUUCUGGUUCAAGAAAGCAAGAAAUGGCUAUUCAAGCGCAGAUGUACCCUGAUAAUUUUGGGUUGCCGUUGAUUGGUGGUGGUGUUACUGGCGGAGGUGGUGGAGGAGGGUGUCAACAAGAUUGGGUUUUCUUGGCGGCGAACAACCAAAUCAACACCAAUAGCAACAACUUCGUCAAUGGUUGUGGGUUUAAUGAGAUUAGUACUAUUAAUCUUCAACAACAAAAGCAACAACAGCAAUACCAAUAUCAACAGCAGCAACAACAACAACAACAACAAUCUUUGUUACAACUUCAGCAACAGUAUUUGCUACAGAUUCAAAAUCAUCAACAACAACAACAACAAAGAAGCUCUUUUGUCAAUCAUAAUAAUAUUAGCAACAACAACAACGACGGUUUUGUGUUUUUGUCAUCCCCGAAAAACUGCACAACCGUCUCAACUACAACAACAACCGCAAGUACAACCACGAGUGGAGGCAGUUGUGAUUAUCAAAUACCACCUAUGAGUUUUUCUCCAAGUUUUUCCAAUCAACUUGAGAAACAAAGGCAGGAGAUUGACAGAUUCAUUACUUUACAGAAUGAGCGUCUAAAAAUGGCAUUACAAGAACAGAGGAAACAGCAAUUAGCAACACUAAUGAGGGAAUUAAAAGCAAAAGCAACGCAAAUAAUGCAUCAAAAAGAUGAAGAGAUUGCAAGAGCAGCAAAAAGAACAAUGGAUUUGGAAGAAAUCAUACAAAGAAUGGAGAUUGAAAACCAAGAAUGGCAAAGAUUAGCAACAGAAAAUGAAGCAAUGGUACAUUCAUUGAACAACACAUUAGUGCAACUCAAAGAACAGCAAAAUCAACAACAGGGUUCAAUAUCAUCAUCAUGUUCUUCAAAUGAGGUUGACGAUGCAGAAUCUUGCUGUAAUAAUUUUGUUGCUAACAGUAAAAAAAGAGGAAGAGAAGGCGAAACAGGGGUUGAAACAGGGGUUGUUGCAGAAACAAGGGUAAAAAGAGGGAAAACAGGGGAAGUUUUAUGCAAAGUCUGCAAAUCUGGGAAAUCGUGCGUUUUAUUACUGCCAUGCAGACAUCUGUGUUGUUGCAAAGGAUGUGAAGCUUUAGUUGAUGCUUGUCCUGUUUGUAAAUCAGCUAAAAUGGCAAGCAUUGAAGCUCUCAUUUCAUGAUGAUGAUAGAUAGUUGGAGAAAAAAGAUAAAAUUGAAUAUAUUUUUUUAAUUUUUAAUCUUUUUUUAGGGAGAAAGUGAAACGAAAAUUUGUCCAGAUUUGAUCAGAGAAAGUCUGACUCGAAAAAGAAAAAAAAAGUGAAACAAUGAACAAAUGGCCAUUUUGAUUUUUGAUCCUA